AUGUUUCCUUUUGGGUUAAUUCAACGAGUAUAUUAUUUUCGUUUCCUGAGAAUAAACAAUAUCCGAUAUCGAAAUUUAGUAACGGAACCCAAAGCGGUACUACCCGAUGAUUAUACUAUUGCAAAUGCUGGUGAUACCGAUGUACCUCGACAUCGUAAGAAAGUAAUAAGUCGUGCGUUGGAAGUUUAUCUCAAUGAUGUUGGAAAACAAAAUAAAAUUAUGGCCCGAGAAAGGGCAGAAUUCGAACUGGGAAAACGAUAUCUGGCCAAUAUGUUGGGGCUGGAACCGAGUAGCAUCACCCAAGAUGACAUUGACAAGGCGAUAGAGUAUCUCUUCCCAUCUGGUCUAACAGACAAGUUGGCAUUACCAGUAAUGAAGCCGCCCGAGGAAAUUUUACCAAUGUUGCGUCAAAUUGCAUUUGAUAGCGAAGGCCGUCCAAAGGAUUUACUAUUUUUCACACUUGCGCCGAAGUUUUAUCGACUUCUCUCGACUGUUGGUACAAAGACGGAAGCAUUAUUGUGCUAUCAACAGAAACAGAAGAUGACCACAGAGGAUAAUUCAAAAACGCAUAAAAUAGAAUUAUUGGGCACGGAAUGGAUCAGUCAACAAAUGCUUUGUAAUAAAAUGGAAGAGCGAAUUACGGAUGAAAUGUAUGCACAUCUGAUUGUUUCGCUAGAUUAUAUGGUUUCGCUUCCUGGUGCAUAUAAGGAACGGGACUUCAUUUUCGAAUACAGGAAAUCUGUGGCUGUUGGUGCUAAGGAUGUUAUUUUUGGUCCAAAAGUACCACCCGUCCAGUUAGUGGAAGGCACCAAUCAACGAAUGGCGAAAGUAGAAGUUCGCUUGAAGGCAUCAUUUGCUGAAGUAGAAGUGCGAGACAAAGGAAGUGGCGAAUAUACAGUAGACGGAUAUGGCCUUGAUGUAUUCCGAUCCUUACAAUCUAGGGAAAUAUUCCUGGCACCGUUGAUAGUGACAGACUUACUGGGAAAGCUAGAUAUCACAGGUAAAAUUACGGAUGGUCCCGGCGGUGCUUCUGUCAUACCUAGGAUCAUACGACAUGGCGCUUCCUUAUGUAUUGCUGCACUGUUUCCUGAACACUUCGACAAACUUCGUCUUGCUGGUCUGCUGACGUCUGAUCCAAGAAGACGCGAGCGAUACAAGAUCAAUCAAAAGGGUGCUCGAGCCAAAUGGAUUUGGUAUCUUUUAUAUUCCAAACUUUCUCAUCCCACACAGUUCGUAGUGCAGUUCUUUCCAUUUCAUAAUGGUCUUUACUUUUGCUACUCCUUUGAUGUUCAUCCAUACUUUGACGAUAUAGCCACAUCAUCCCAAUAUCUCACAGCAGCACGAUAA